AUGGCAACGGGCCCUGAGGCUGCUUCGCGAGAUGCGGAUGGCGAACUUAAGCCCCAACGUCAUCAGCUACAAUGCUGGGAUCAGCGCGUGCAAGCAAUGGCGGUGGACCCUGUCGCUGCUCAGCGAGAUGUGCGCGGCGAAGCUGGAGCCCGAUGUCGUCAGCUACGGCGCUGGGAUCAGCGCCUGCGAAGAGGGCGAGCAGUGGCAGCAGGCCCUUCUCCUGCUGAGCGAGAUGCGGGAGGCGAAGGUGCAGCCCGACUCGGUUACAAUGCUGGGAUCAGCGCGUGCGCGAAAGGUAACCAGUGGCAGUGGGCCUUGUCGUUGUUCAGCGACAUGUGGAAGACGAAGCUGGAAUCUGACGUCGUCAGCUACGGCGCAGGAAUCAAGGCGUGCGAGGCAGGCCAGCAGUGGCAGCUUGCCAUUUUUCUGCUCAGCGAGAUGUUGGAGGCGAAGUUGGAACCUGACGUCAUCAGCUACGGCGCAGGAAUCAGCGCCUGCGAUAAGGGCCAGCAGUGGCGGUGGGCCUUGUCGCUGCUCAGCGGCAUGUGGGAGGCGAAGCUGGAGCUCGACGUCACCAAACUACGGCGCCAGCAUCAGCGCCUGCGAGAAAGGCCUGCAGUGGCAGUGGGCCCUGCGGCUGCUCGGCGAGAUGCGGCGGGCGAAGCUGGAGCCCGACGCUUCAUCUACAACGCUGGGGUCAGCGCGUGUAUGAAAUGCAAGCGGUGGCAGCGGACUCUGGAGCUGCUCAGCGAGAUGUGGGAAGCCAAAUUUGAGCCCAACGUCAUCAACUGCAAAGCUGGCAUCGACGCGUGCGAUAGAAGCGGGCAUGCCAUGCAGGUGCUGCCGUUGCUCAGCGAGUGCGGGAGGGUAUGUAACAUCUGCUUCAGCGCUGAGCUCACACUUGUGAGAUAG